CAACAGUUUCACAUACCACCGUUGAAGUUGUUAGACCGUGAGUGUCUCCAAGAUGCUAAGAAACUUAAACGCUAUUUUUGUUCUUUCUUUGCUUGGAAGUCCAUUAUUAUCCUUCGGUAUUCCUAUUGAAUCCCGGAUAGUUGGUGGUAAUGUUGUUGAUAUUUCUAAACAUCCAUACCUCGCUUCGCUUCGUAUAAAAUCCUGCCAAAAUUGUCCCUACGUUCAUAAAUGUGGCGCCAGUAUUUAUACCGAUAAAGUUCUUAUAACAGGGGCUCAAUGCUUGCUCAACUUAGACAAUCGAUGGCGAAUGAUGAUCGUAGCUGGUGCAAAUACCCGGACUGGAGCCGAUGGUGUACAAAUUCCAGUAGUAAAGAACGUUACACAUUCGGGUUAUAAUUUUUGGACCAUUGACAAUGAUAUUGGUCUGGUCUUCUUGGAACAUCCAUUACCGCUGAACGAAAAUGACAUCAAUAGCAUAGCUAUAGCUGAGAACCCGCCACAUGCUGGCAAGCCAGCAACUGUCAGUGGUUGGGGUUGGAAUGCUGAAGAUGGAGGACCCACCUAUUUUCUCCAAGAUGCUAUUGUGCCUAUUGUUAGUAACGCAGAUUGUGAAAAAGUCUAUGGAGUUGGUGAAGUAACAGAAAAUAUGAUUUGUGCUGGUUUGCGAAAAGGAGGCAAAGAUGGCUGUCAAGAAGACACCGGAGGACCCCUGGUGGUGGACGAUGAGCUUGUUGGAUUAGUGUCGUGGGGAAGAGGUUGUGCACGAGAGGGUUAUCCUAGCGUUUACACGAGUGUACCAGCUCACAAGAAAUGGAUUGAUCAAAAAAUUAAAGGAAUGUCUUAGAGUCAGCUUUAAUAACUACUAAACCUGAAAUUUUGUAUAGUACUGAAAAACUGUUUGGAGAUUAUAAUACAUAAAUAUACUUUAUUAUUAUUCAAAAG